AUGUUAACAAUCAUUGCGAUUCUUUGUACAAAUAAAUUACAAAUUACAGCAAACUAUUUCUUAGUGAAUCUGGCCAUUUCCGACAUUAUUGUUUGUUUAAUUGCGGAGCCGUUCUACAUGCUGGCAUUGUAUCACCGCAAAUGGCCGUUGUCCAAAGAAUUCUGUGCUGCUGUAGGUGCUAUAUCAUCCAUUUCUAUGGGAGCUUCAGUCUUAAAUCUCCUGGCAAUAUCAGUAAACCGUUACAUUUGUAUAGUAAAGAACAUGUACUAUGCCAAACUAUAUAGCAAUCGACGUACAGUGUUGUACUGUGUAGCCGUCUGGAUUGCAUCCUUAAUCUCAGUAUCACCAACGAUUGCUGGUGUAGGUGAAUUUGGAUUCAACAAGUAUUUUUUAGUUUGUGGAUAUGCAAUGACAGAAGAAACAUGGAAAUGUCAGGUUGGUGAAAUGGUUGUAAAGUUCAUUGUCGCUAUUUCAACUAUUUUCUUCUGCUACUUUAAGAUCCUAAAAGAAGUGUGCAAGAGUUCAUGUCGUAGUAAUAAACAUAAAGGCAGCGACACCAGCCAGAGGAAGCUAAGCGGUAACGAGGUAAAUACAAAAAUGUUCCCAAAACUGCCGAAACAAGUUCACAUGCUUAAACAGGCAUGGGUAGAACAUCGGGACAGAGACUUCCAAGUAGCUAAAACCUCCGCCAUUGUGAUCCUUGUAUUUGUGCUAUGCUGGACACCGUCUGUAUUACAUACCAUUAUUGAUAGAGAUUUCUCUGCUCCCACUGGGCUUUUGCAGGUAUUUGCUUUUCUGGCGAUGGGGAAUUCUAGCAUCAACCCUUUCAUCUAUGCCUGGCGAAAUCAUCAUUUUAGGAAAGCAUACAGGCGCAUAAUUACCUGCCAAUGCCAGCAAGAAGACUUGGGUAUUAGGGAUAAUUCUCAAUUUUAA